AGACGUCGGAGACCUGGCAUUCCUAAAAGAUUGAAGAAUCCAUGAGCAUGCUGGAUACUCUUUAGUAGCUCAGUGUUUUUUGUUUUAGCUGGAUCCAAGUCCCUGGAUUUGACCGUUGGGCCUUGCCCAUUGUUGACAUUCUCUUUAAGGUCUAUGGUUCUCUCUGCCAAAAGCUUUUCUUCUCUUUAGUUGUACCCUCCUCACCUGGGUUUAGAAUUUAUUGCCAAGGAAGCAGGCAGAGCGCCGUGUUCUCAGGGCAGCCAGUAUGUUCAGCUGGAUGAAAAAGAACGAGAAGAAGACCCCGGAGGUCAUCCGUACCGUUACGGAGGGCCUGAAGGACCUCUACAAGAGGAAGCUCCUUCCCGUGGAAGAGUUUUACCGCUUCCACGAUUUCCACUCGCCAGCUCUGGAGGAUGCCGACUUCGACAACAAGCCCAUGGUGCUGGUGGUGGGCCAGUACUCCACCGGCAAAACCACCUUCAUCAAGUACUUGCUGGAGCAAGAUAUCCCCGGCAGCCGAAUUGGACCCGAACCUACCACAGACUCUUUCAUUGCUGUCAUGCACGGUGAGACGGAGGGGAUCAUACCAGGCAACGCUCUGAUUGUCGACCCCAAAAAGCCCUUCCGAAAACUCAACCCUUUUGGAAACACUUUUCUCAACCGGUUUAUGUGUGCCCACUUGCCUAACCAGGUUUUGGAAAGCAUCAGCCUUAUAGACACUCCCGGCAUCCUGUCAGGGGCUAAGCAGCGCGUGAGCCGAGGCUACGACUUCCCGGCCGUGCUCCAGUGGUUUGCCGAGCGCGUGGACCUCAUCAUCCUCCUCUUUGACGCCCAUAAGCUGGAGAUCUCCGACGAGUUCUCCGAGGCCAUCCGCGCCCUCAAGGGCAACGAGGACAAGAUCCGGGUGGUCCUGAACAAGGCCGACAUGGUGGAGACACAGCAGCUGAUGCGGGUCUACGGCGCCCUGAUGUGGUCGCUGGGCAAAGUGUUCAACACCCCCGAAGUGCUGCGUGUCUACAUCGGGUCCUUCUGGUCGGAGCCCCUGAUGAUCUCUGACAACCGACGGCUCUUUGAGCUUGAGGAGCAGGACUUGUUCACGGACAUCCAGAACCUGCCCCGGAAUUCUGCCCUGAGGAAGCUCAAUGACCUGGUCAAGAGGGCUCGCUUGGUCCGGGUCCAUGCCCACAUCAUCAGCCACCUCAAGAGGGAGAUGCCGUCUGUCUUCGGCAAGGACAACAAGAAGAAGCAGCUUAUCAACAAGCUGCCGGUCAUCUUUGCCAAGAUCCAGCUGGAGCAUCAUAUUUCGCCGGGCGAUUUCCCCGACUGCAACAAAAUGCAGGAGAUGCUGAUGGUCCAUGACUUCACCAAGUUCCACGGGCUGAAGCCCCGCAUGGUGGAGACCCUGGACGAGCUGCUGACCCUCGACAUUGCCAAGCUGAUGCCCCUCUUGCGCCAGGAGGAGGUGGAGCUCCCAGAGCAGAUUGUCCAAGGGGGAGCCUUUGAUGGCACUCGCAACGGCCCCUUCAUCGAGGGAGCGACCGAAGGCGCCUACGAGGGCAUGGAUGAGGACGAGUGGGUCGUGACCAAAGACAAGCCCAAGUAUGACGAGAUCUUCUACAACCUCUCCCCGAUGGACGGCAAGCUGAGUGGCACCAAGGCCAAGAAUUGGAUGGUCACCACCAAGCUGCCCAACUCGGUGCUCGGGAAGAUUUGGAAGUUGAGCGAUGUUGACCGGGAUGGCAUGUUGGAUGAUGAAGAGUUUGCUCUGGCCAGCCACCUCAUUGAGGUCAAACUCGAGGGCCACGGCCUGCCCUCUGACCUGCCCCACCAUCUUGUUCCCCCGUCCAAGCGUCGGCAGAAGGGCUCGGCUGAGUAAGCAGCUUCCCGUGUUUGGCCCCGUCCUAACACCAGACUUGAAUCGCUUCAGUAGGUGCUGGGUCUUCUCCAAUUUAUCCUUGAAGCAAACGUUCAGGCUUGAAUUCUUACGAAGGCUUCACCUAGCAGCCGAGCACAGCGUUGGAAAUCUGCUUUCUGCUCAUCUCCUCUUCUUCAAGCCAGGCUUCCCGCUCAAACGUCUCCGUCCCUUCCGGUCUUUCAGCGAUUCCUGUCCACCUUAAAGAACCUCAUUUCCUCGUACGGAAUCAAGCCAGUUGAUCUCACAAUGUCUACAAGUCUAAGUAUCUCUAGUGUCAAGACUUCUCACAAGGUCUUUCUUCCUAGAUAGAAUCCAAACUCAAGCUUCAUUUGCUUCCUGAACUAGCUAGAAAUGUUACGUCCUCCGUGCCUAGUUCCAACUGUUCAUUUAGGCCACAGUUUGGCCCACGUCGGACCCAUCUCAGGUUUUACUUCCCUUUCCUAGUCCAUGGCCAGAUCUGCCAUCGACCGAGGCUUCGGAUGGUCUCGAUCUUCUAGCUUUCUUUAUCUCUAGUCUCACUAGAAAUGGUCAACAUCUUUUCUCCAUUCCAUCUUGCCUUUUGACCCCCGUUUGUCUACCACCCCCUUAGUUGAUUGCUCCUCCCAGGACUGGUUCUUGAGGGACUCCCGUCAGCCAGUUGAAGGAAGCAGGACCAAGAGGGACCAGAGAUAGGUGUCUGGAAGCAGUCCAGAACCACAAGCGGUGUCGAUCCCAAAAAGCCACGGUUGAAGGUGGCAUCUGAAAUGAUCGUAGAUCAGUCUUUGAGAUGCUUUCUUUCUGGAGCAGAAGCAAUGGGAUGAAAGCAGGGGUGUUCCAUGCUGGUCCACUCUUUCUUCUCUCAGAACAGACUAAUUGGAGGAGACCUUUCCCAAAGCAAGAAUAGGCGAUGAGAAGACUACGGUGAGAGGACACCGUGGAGAUUGAGCCAGACCGAGGCCUACUCUUAGACAAAUUCACACAUCAGAUCUGUGAGGGCAUCCUUUUCCACGGAGGCCCACAGAAUUGAGUGGUUGGUGAACUUCCCUCCAAAUUCUUUUCUGCCUGUCACUGCAGCCGUUAGCUUGUACAUCUAAACGUGGCUUCUUU